AAAAUAUAAAAUAUAACACAUCCGAAAACUUUCAGGGAUGGAAUGUAAUAGAGAAAAAAAUGUCAAUAGCUUACGCGAUCAUAUAUAUAUCCUUGGCUUUUAAUAUUUUUAUAUUCUGUUACAUUGGCGAGGUAGUCACAGAACAGUGUAAACAGGUAGGCGAAACAGCCUAUAUGACUAACUGGUACCGUUUGCCUCAUAAAACGGCUCGUGAUCUGAUCUUAAUUAUUUCUCGAUCGAGUAACGUGAUCAAAUUAACUGCAGGAAAACUAGUUCAUCUUUCUAUCGCAACGUUCGGUGAUGUGAGUAUACAAAGUUGUAUAUAUUUUUUCCGUACUGGUCGUCUUUGCGAAACGAUCAUGAGCGAUCCGAAACGCGUAACAGAUAACGAAAACAUCAAUGACUACAAUAUACAAUUCAAUCGAUGGUCUCUCAUAUCGCUAGGUGCUUGGCCACAAAUAAGCGCGCCAAACAGAAUGAAAAAACUCGCGGUAUUAAUGCAAAUCUUCAUUUAUUGGACCGCGAUGACGAUCGUUAUGAUACCGUUCAUGUUGUACAUGUUGUUCGAGAAAAAAGACUUUAAGACUAAAUUAAAAAACCUUAUUCCGCUGAUUAACAGAAUCAUGGGAUCCAUAAAUUACUGGAUAUUACUUUCGCGUAACAAAGACAUUAAACGUUGCAUACAGCAUAUGGAAGCGGAUUGGAAACUCAUUCAGAGAAACGUUGACCGUGAAGUGAUGAUGCAAUAUGCCAAGAUCGGUCGCUUCAUAACCACAUUAUUCGCGAUGUUUAUACAUAGUAGUACGUACAUCUUUAACGUGGUCAAGGCGAUGGAAACAACGACCGUUAUCGUCGACAACAAAACUAUUACGAUACAUCCGUUGACAUGUCCAGCGUACAGCAAGAUACUUGACGUGAGACCUAGCCCCGCGUACGAGAUCAUGAGGGGUGUGCAAUUCUUUUUGGCGUUUGUAAUAGCUUCCUCUACAGCAACUGUUUGCGGUCUCGCUGCCGUCUUCGCGAUGCAUGCUUGCGGUCAACUAAAUGUAAUGCAUACGUGGUUAAACGAGCUCGCGGAGGAGAAGAAAAAUCAUUUAGCAAACAAAAAACUUGCAGCCGUCGUGAAACACCAUUGGAGAGUCCUCGGUUUUGUACAACAAAUAGAGAGUAUUAUGCAUAAAGCCUGUCUAGGAGAAGUGAUGGGAUGUACGAUUUGUAUGUGUUUAUUUGGAUAUUACAUUAUUAUGACCUGGAAUGCGUUCAAUUUGGUAAAAAUAUUUUCAUAUUUUUUUGGAUACAUAACAAUGAGUUUCAAUAUAUUUGUAUUUUGUUACAUCGGUGAAAUCCUUACAGAAGAGUGUAAAAAAGUUGGAGAAAUAGUAUAUAUGACUAAUUGGUAUAAACUGCCUCACAAAACAGCGCUUGGUCUCAUUUUGAUAAUCAUGCAAUCGAGUCACAUUAUCAAGAUAACUGCGGGAAAACUAGUUACGUUAUCCAUAGCAACCUUUGGUGACAUAAUGAAAACUUCCACAGCAUAUAUGAAUAUCUUACGAACGAUGGCAACAUAAAACGUAGAAACUCAGAAAGUUAUGAAACACAUGUAUGGAAUAUCUUACAAAUGUUAAAUAGAGAAUAAAUGUUA